UCCCACUUCACCUAAGCCUCGGGCUACGAGCGUGGGGCCCGGCGGAACAGACCCCGCUGGGGCUCGCUGGGCGACGCGCGCCAAGCGGCGGCGGGAAGGAGGCGGGAGGAGCGGGGCCCGGACCCCGACUAGGGCAGAACCAGCUGGGGAGGCGGGGCGCGCGUGGGAUCCCGGGGCCCCGGUGGCCGGCCCUCCUCCCGCCACGGCUGAGUGCCCGCGCUGCCUUCCCGCCGGCCCGCCGAGAAAGGCGCUAAGCCUGCGGCAGCCCCCUCGCCGCCUCCUCCCUGCCCCGCGCCCAUAUAACCGCCGUCCCGCAGCCCUCCCCGCAGCCCGGCGAGGAGGCAGCGCUGCAGCCCAGCCCUCGGCGAAGCCGACGCCUGGCCCGGAGCAGAAUGAGCGGCAGCGUUGGGGAGAUGGCUCAGUCUUCCUCUUCCUCCUCCUCCUCCACCUUCGAGCACCUGUGGAGUUCUCUGGAGCCAGACAGCACCUACUUUGACCUUCCUCAGACCAGCCAAGGGAACAGCGAGGCAUCGGGCAGCGAGGAAUCCAACAUGGACGUCUUCCACCUGCAAGGCAUGGCCCAGUUCAAUUUGCUCAGCAGCGCCAUGGACCAGAUGGGCAGCCGCGCGGCCCCGGCCAGCCCCUACACCCCGGAGCACACCGCCAGCGCACCUACCCACUCGCCCUACGCACAGCCCAGCUCCACCUUCGACACCAUGUCUCCAGCGCCUGUCAUCCCUUCCAAUACCGACUACCCCGGCCCCCACCACUUCGAGGUCACCUUCCAGCAGUCGAGCACAGCCAAGUCGGCCACCUGGACAUACUCCCCACUUUUGAAGAAGUUGUACUGUCAGAUUGCCAAGACGUGCCCCAUCCAGAUCAAAGUGUCCACACCACCACCCCCGGGCACAGCCAUCCGGGCCAUGCCCGUCUACAAGAAGGCAGAGCAUGUGACCGACAUUGUUAAGCGCUGCCCAAACCAUGAGCUUGGAAGGGACUUCAAUGAAGGACAGUCUGCCCCGGCUAGCCACCUCAUCCGCGUAGAAGGCAACAACCUCUCCCAGUAUGUGGAUGACCCUGUCACCGGCAGGCAGAGUGUGGUUGUGCCCUACGAACCCCCACAGGUGGGGACAGAAUUCACCACCAUCCUGUACAACUUCAUGUGUAACAGCAGCUGCGUAGGGGGCAUGAAUCGGAGGCCCAUCCUCGUUAUCAUCACCCUGGAGACCCGGGAUGGACAGGUACUGGGCCGCCGGUCUUUCGAGGGUCGCAUCUGCGCAUGUCCUGGCCGAGACCGCAAAGCUGAUGAAGACCAUUACCGGGAGCAACAGGCUCUGAAUGAAAGUACCACCAAGAACGGGGCUGCCAGCAAGCGUGCAUUCAAGCAGAGUCCCCCAGCCAUCCCUGCCCUGGGUACCAACGUGAAAAAGAGACGUCAUGGGGACGAGGACAUGUUCUACAUGCAUGUGCGAGGCCGGGAGAACUUUGAGAUCUUGAUGAAAGUCAAGGAGAGCCUAGAGCUGAUGGAACUUGUUCCCCAGCCUUUAGUCGACUCGUAUCGACAGCAGCAGCAGCAGCAGCUCCUACAGAGGCCGAGUCACCUGCAGCCUCCAUCCUAUGGGCCCGUGCUCUCCCCAAUGAACAAGGUACACGGUGGUGUCAACAAACUGCCCUCUGUCAACCAGCUGGUGGGCCAGCCUCCCCCACACAGCUCGGCAGCUGGGCCCAACCUGGGGCCCAUGGGCUCUGGGAUGCUCAACAGCCACAGCAUGCCAGCCAACGGGGAGAUGAAUGGAGGCCACAGCUCCCAGACCAUGGUUUCAGGAUCCCACUGCACCCCGCCACCCCCCUAUCAUGCAGAUCCCAGCCUUGUCAGUUUUUUGACAGGGUUGGGGUGUCCAAACUGUAUCGAGUGCUUCACUUCCCAAGGGUUGCAGAGCAUCUACCAUCUGCAGAAUCUCACCAUCGAGGACCUUGGGGCCCUGAAGAUCCCUGACCAGUACCGUAUGACCAUCUGGAGGGGCCUACAGGACCUGAAGCAGAGCCAUGACUGCAGUCAGCAACUGCUCCGCUCCAGCAGCAACGCGGCCACCAUCUCCAUCGGAGGCUCCGGAGAACUGCAGCGGCAGCGGGUCAUGGAAGCUGUACAUUUCCGUGUGCGCCACACCAUCACAAUCCCCAACCGUGGAGGCGCAGGUGGGGUGACAGGCCCCGAUGAGUGGGCGGACUUUGGCUUCGACCUGCCCGACUGCAAGUCCCGAAAGCAGCCCAUCAAAGAGGAGUUCACAGAGACGGAGAGCCACUGAGGAGCCCAUCUGCCCACCUUCUCCUGCCUUCCUCUGUGGGAAACUGCCCUUGGACGCGGGACCCCUCGGCUGUGCCCACAGAAGCAGCAAGGGCCUUCUGCCACACACCGUUCUCGAAGGGAAGUCACUCGUUAACUAACUCCCUCUAGGAAACUUCUGGAACUGCCCUUAGUUACAUGUACACUAGGGCAGGCUGUGGGCCAGGUGCUGAGACAGGCACUGUCCCUUUGUGGGUGGGGACGCAGUACCCAUUCGCUCCUCCCCUUCUCUAUUGAGGACUCUGCCACCUCCAGGACAGAGCAGCAUCCUUCACUUGCUCGCCCUCCACCACAAAGUAUUCCAGCGUCUUCUGUUCCCGCUAGCCACACGCGGCCCGGCCUCCGUGACUUCUGCACUUAUGUGCAGGUUGAUUCCACCGUGUCUUGAAAGUGAAUUCAGGGCCAGAGACUCCUCUGCAGGAUAUGUGGACAGAUCUGUCCCUAAUGUAGGUCAUUCUGCUGCACCACGCCCCACCCCCCACCCCCGCCCCAUGUCUCCUAAAUCUUGGUUGCUGGGGUUAGGGAAGACUGUGGCAGAGCAGAGGAAGGUGCUGGCCUCUGCCGCCAGCCAAAACCCCGAACACGCUGGCUACAGCAGGCUCUAGGGACCUCUCUGGGCAGACAGAGGGACAGAAUGAGUCUCAGACUACUGAAAACUGAAUUGUCAAUAUUUGAUAAAACAUUACUCUUUCUACUUAGUGGGUCAGCUUGCUUUUUCCCCCCUCUGACUCUCUCAGCAUUCCUUUCUGAGAUCAACCUAGGUGUCCACAGGCACUUCUCAACAAGUCCAAAAAAACCGAGCAUCAAGCCAGGAAGGGUCCUCACCUGUUGCCAGGAUGGCUGGAAGGGAAAGAGAGUCCGAGAGAGCAUAGCUGUGGGAGUGCAAGUCAGACCCCAGCUGUGAGGAACAGCUGUUCUCACUGAGUGCUCUGAGCUGGGCUCUGUGCCUGAGAGCUAGCCCACCCUCCUGGGCUGGAACUGGGGCGGCUGCAUGCCCCCCCCCCCCGGUCUUCAUGAUGCAUCCCCAAGGAGUCGGUGGCUUGAGAGACAGCUCCUGCAUAUACUCAGCCAAUGGGGCCCUGUACCUGCCAGAAACUUUGUGAACUUCUGCCAUGAGAGCCCCCAGCAGUCCCUGCCAGGGGUGGAGAACCACAGAGAAGUCCCUGCCACAGCAAAGCCCAGCAGUCGCCGAGGGUCUUUGGAGCCAUUGCCUUUAGGCUUGGCUUUCAUUAGCAUGGCCUAACAGAGGCAGUGAAGCCCAUGGAGUGGCCUCAGAGUCAGCACUACCAAGGACUGGCUUCAUAUCAGGGCUGCCUCCUGGAAGCACGGGGACAAUGUUGCCAAUGUUAGCAAUCGUAGCAAGCUCUGCAAACUUAGGUGGCUACCACCCACACCACACUUCAUGAGUCUCUGAGGGGCAGGAUUAGGGUGCACUUUAGGGUAGGUGCAGGCAUCACAUUGCCAGAGACCAGAGCAGCUGACCAUACCGGCCCUUCCAACUUGACAGAUGUCGACAGCAUAGGCUCUGGGGGUCCUGCACCCAGAUGGGCUGUAACAGCUGCAGCAUCAGGCUUAGAGCCUGGGUGCAGGGUAUGGCUAUCCCAGCGAGCAGUAACACACUUCACAAAGCCUGAGGUUGGCUACACACUUCUUGUCCCAGCGCGUGGUAACACACUUGACAAAGCCUGAGGCUGACUACACACUUCUUGUUGUUGCUCAGAUGAGGAAGCUGAGGCUAGACGGACUGCGUCCCCUGCCUCAGGCAUCAGCUCACGGCAGAGGUCUGUGCUCUCUCCUGAGGUACCUGCCACCCCAUGCUACCUCAGGAACUAGGCAGCACAUUCUCACUCCUAGGCCUGUGAGCCCCACUGAGAUGUGCUUGAGUUCUGGGAUCUUGCCAUCCUAAACGCUCCACCACAUGCUCCUGGGAAGGGGUAGGAGGAGUGGAUGUCACCAGGCAUCUGAGGAGGGAAGAGCCCAUCUCCCGCGAGGACCCAAGGCUGUGUGUCUCCCUGGAUCCUGCCUCAAGUGCCAAAGCUGUCUCAUGAGCUUCCAGGAUCCUGACAGGCCUGGAGGGAACUGCAAAGAACCAUCUUCCAGGAAAUAAAUGUCCCAGAGACAAAGCCUGCCGUGGCUGAGCCGCCCUCCAGGAACCGGCCUUUGGAUCUGAACCAAACUUUGUUCUGCACAACAGAAAGCAAGAGAAAGCAAGUCUUCCAGUCACCAGGUUUCCCAGGAGCACUGAAGCACUAGUCUGGAAAUGAGUUUGGGGGUGCCCUGAAGGUCAUCUGUGGAGCAAGGGCAGGAACCUCAAGGCUGUGCAAGCGGGCCACUUCAGCCUCAGCCUGUAUGGUCCCAGGGAGCUUUGUGUAUACAGUUACCAGCAGCUCUCGUGUCCCUUCCUGGCUCUGCUUACCAUGUCUGACAGCUCUGCCUUGGCCUGCUUUGAGCUUUGAGUUUGCAGUUCCAGCACCGGAUCCCCGUGCGAGAACCCUACAAGGGUCAAAAGUUGCUACUUAGAACAGCAUUUCAGACGGGAGACAAAAACCAAGACCAAACUAUCCAUGUUUCAAUGUGAUGAAAUGCUUCUCCAAGCAGUAUUGAUGGAUACAGUCCAAUGACUCUAUUAACUGUUUUGGGUAAUGUCAUCUUAGAAAAAUGUCUUAUUUUUUAGCUGUGUUUCGGUGGGAAUUUUUGUUUUUGUAACAUAAUAAAAAUCACAUGUUCCCA